AUGAUUACUUCAGAUUUGCCAGUACUACAGGAUUCUACAAAUGAAACUACUGCACAUUCAGAUGCUGGCAGUGAGCUUGAAGAAGCAGAAGUCAAAGGAAAAAGAAAAAGGGGCCGUCCUGGCAGGCCUCCAUCUGCCACUAAGAAACCUCGGAAGUCUCCAGCAGACAAGGGUCGUUCUGAAUCUGGAGCUAGAGGAGCAAGUCGUGGAAGAGCUAAUGGCCACCCUCAGCAGAAUGGAGAAGGGGACCCUGUCACUUUGUUUGAAGUGGUUAAGCUGGGGAAGAGUGCUAUGCAGUCUGUGGUGGACGACUGGAUUGAAUCAUAUAAACAAGACAGGGACAUAGCACUUCUGGAUUUAAUCAACUUCUUUAUCCAGUGUUCAGGAUGUCGAGGUACCGUAAGAAUUGAAAUGUUCAGGAACAUGCAAAAUGCAGAAAUCAUAAGGAAAAUGACAGAAGAAUUUGAUGAGGACAGCGGUGAUUAUCCACUUACCAUGCCUGGGCCACAGUGGAAGAAGUUUCGAUCCAACUUCUGUGAAUUCAUUGGAGUGCUCAUUCGACAGUGUCAGUAUAGCAUCAUUUAUGAUGAAUACAUGAUGGACACGGUGAUCUCUCUUCUGACUGGUUUGUCAGAUUCCCAGGUCCGGGCUUUCAGGCACACCAGUACAUUAGCUGCUAUGAAGCUUAUGACUGCUCUUGUGAAUGUUGCCUUAAACCUGAGCAUUCAUCAGGAUAAUACACAGAGGCAGUAUGAAGCUGAGAGAAACAAAAUGAUUGGCAAAAGAGCUAAUGAAAGAUUGGAGCUGCUGCUUCAGAAAAGAAAAGAGCUACAAGAAAACCAAGAUGAAAUCGAAAAUAUGAUGAACUCUAUUUUUAAGGGUAUAUUUGUUCAUAGAUACCGUGAUGCUAUUGCUGAGAUUAGAGCUGUCUGUAUUGAAGAAAUUGGUGUCUGGAUGAAAAUGUACAGUGAUGCCUUCCUGAAUGAUAGUUAUUUAAAAUAUGUUGGCUGGACACUACAUGACAGGCAAGGUGAAGUGAGGUUGAAGUGUUUGAAAGCUCUUCAGAGUCUGUAUACCAACAGAGAGUUAUUUCCAAAACUGGAGCUGUUCACUAAUAGAUUCAAGGAUCGCAUUGUAUCAAUGACACUUGAUAAGGAAUAUGAUGUCGCUGUGGAAGCUAUUCGAUUAGUCACGCUAAUACUUCAUGGAAGUGAAGAAGCUCUGUCCAAUGAAGACUGUGAGAAUGUUUAUCACUUGGUGUAUUCAGCACACCGGCCUGUUGCAGUAGCAGCUGGAGAAUUCCUACACAAAAAACUGUUCAGCAGACAUGAUCCCCAAGCUGAAGAGGCUCUAGCAAAGAGGAGGGGGCGAAAUAGUCCAAAUGGAAACCUUAUUAGAAUGUUGGUUCUUUUCUUUCUUGAAAGCGAGUUGCAUGAACAUGCAGCCUAUUUGGUGGACAGUUUGUGGGAGAGCUCUCAAGAACUGUUGAAAGACUGGGAAUGUAUGACAGAAUUGCUCUUGGAGGAACCAGUCCAAGGAGAAGAAGCAAUGUCCGACCGGCAGGAGAGUGCUCUUAUUGAGUUGAUGGUGUGUACAAUCAGACAAGCUGCUGAAGCACAUCCUCCAGUAGGCAGAGGCACUGGCAAGAGAGUCUUGACAGCGAAAGAAAGAAAAACUCAGAUAGAUGACAGGAAUAAAUUGACUGAGCAUUUCAUUAUUGCACUUCCUAUGUUGCUAUCCAAGUACUCCGCUGAUGCCGAGAAGGUUGCAAAUCUCCUACAAAUCCCUCAGUAUUUUGACCUGGAAAUCUAUAGCACGGGAAGAAUGGAAAAGCAUCUGGAUGCCUUACUGAAACAGAUUAAGUUUGUUGUGGAAAAGCAUGUGGAAUCGGAUGUUCUCGAAGCCUGCAGCAAAACCUACAGCAUACUCUGUAGUGAAGAAUAUACAAUCCAGAACCGAGUUGACAUAGCCCACAGCCAACUUAUUGAUGAAUUUGUGGAUCGAUUCAACCAUUCUGUAGAGGAUCUGCUGCAGGAGGGAGAAGAAGCUGAUGAUGAUGACAUAUACAAUGUGCUCUCCACAUUAAAGAGGUUAACUUCUUUUCACAACGCUCAUGAUCUCACAAAAUGGGAUCUGUUCAGUAACUGCUACAGAUUACUAAGAACUGGAAUUGAACAUGGAGCUAUGCCAGAACAGAUAGUUGUUCAGGCACUGCAGUGUUCCCAUUACUCUAUUCUCUGGCAGCUGGUGAAGAUCACUGAAGGCUCCCCUUCCAAAGAGGACUUGUUGGUAUUGAGGAAAACUGUGAAAUCCUUUCUGGCUGUCUGCCAGCAGUGUCUAUCAAAUGUCAACACUCCAGUCAAAGAACAGGCUUUCAUGUUGCUCUGUGAUCUCUUGAUGAUUUUUAGUCAUCAGCUGAUGACUGGAGGUCGAGAAGGUCUUCAGCCUUUGGUGUUUAAUCCAGAUUCAGGACUCCAGUCAGAACUCCUCAGUUUUGUGAUGGACCAUGUCUUUAUUGACCAAGAUGAUGAAAACCAGAGCAUGGAGGGAGAUGAAGAAGAUGAAGCUAACAAAAUAGAAGCGUUACAUAAGAGAAGAAACCUUCUGGCCGCCUUUAGCAAGCUGAUAAUUUAUGACAUUGUGGACAUGCACGCAGCAGCAGAUAUCUUCAAACACUAUAUGAAGUACUAUAAUGACUAUGGAGAUAUCAUUAAGGAAACCCUGAGCAAAACAAGGCAAAUUGAUAAAAUCCAGUGUGCAAAGACACUCAUUCUCAGUUUGCAACAGCUGUUUAAUGAGCUUGUUCAGGAGCAAGGUCCCAAUUUGGACAGGACAUCUGCCCAUGUUAGUGGAAUUAAGGAACUGGCCCGUCGGUUUGCCCUCACUUUUGGCUUGGAUCAGAUCAAGACAAGAGAGGCUGUGGCCACACUGCACAAAGAUGGCAUAGAGUUUGCCUUCAAAUAUCAGAAUCAAAAAGGACAAGACUAUCCACCUCCUAACCUUGCUUUCCUUGAAGUGCUUAGUGAAUUUUCUUCUAAACUCUUGCGACAGGACAAAAAGACUGUUCACUCCUACUUAGAGAAGUUUCUGACAGAACAGAUGAUGGAAAGAAGAGAAGAUGUAUGGCUUCCACUCAUUUCCUACAGAAACUCACUAGUUACGGGUGGCGAGGAUGACAGAAUGUCCGUUAACAGUGGAAGCAGCAGCAGCAAAGCCUCUUCGGUGAGGAAUAAGAAAGGACGACCACCGCUCCACAAAAAGAGAGUAGAAGAUGAGAGUCUAGAAGGCUCAUGGCUGAACAGGAACGAAAACAUACAUACUCCAGGGACACUGCAAGCGCCACAGCUCACCUCUACUGUCUUGAGAGAGAACACUAGACAAAUGGGGGAGCAGAUCCAGGAGCACGAGUCGGAGCAGGGAUCUGAACAAGAUUUUUUACACAAUCCGCAGAUGCAGAUAUCUUGGUUGGGCCAACAGAAGCUAGAAGAUUUAAAUCGAAAGGACAGGACAGGAAUGAACUACAUGAAAGGGAGAACUGGUGUAAGGCAUGCAGUACGAGGUCUAAUGGAAGAUGACGCUGAGCCCAUCUUUGAAGAUGUAAUGAUGUCCUCACGAGGUCAGCUAGAGGAUAUGAACGAAGAAUUUGAGGACACAAUGGUCAUUGAUCUGCCACCUUCAAGAAACCGGCGAGAACGGGCUGAACUGAGGCCAGACUUCUUUGACUCCGCAGCUAUCAUUGAGGAUGAUUCAGGAUUUGGAAUGCCUAUGUUCUGAAGUCUGGUGAAGACAUUUUACAAAUUUGGAACUCUAUUGUUUAGAGCUAGAGGCCUAUAUACUGUGAUAGCUUGUAUGAAAACCACAUUUUUGAUGUGAUACGGUUUGAUUUUUAACCAAAUGAUUGAGGUCAAUCCCUUUUUGUAGUGACAGAAAGAAGAGGAACUUCUUAAUGACACAAAGGAAUGUUGGCCAAUCCAGUCACCUCAGAAGGGCUGACCUAAAAAAUCAUUUGUAUCCCUGUUCUUGACUGUCCUAAUACAGAUUUUUUUUUUUUUUUUCCUGGAUGAGGAGGAAGUUUUAAAUUGUUAAGACAGCUGUCGAAAUAAACACUGUUCUACAUAUGUUUUCUGAAAACAACAUUGAGUGAAAACAGAACUUUUUAACUUUAUUUUUCUGCUGUACAAUUUAAAACAGUUUUAACAUUUGCCUUUUUAUGUUUUAAAAGCUAGCCAUUUUUAUUAAACCUAUGCCUAUCAGCCAUUGACUAGCAAUGAUGCUAUAAGCAGGUCAUUCUGGCUACAGAGAAGUGUUUUUGAACACACUGGAUUUGAUUAACAUUAUGGUACGCUUAUAUCCUCUCGUAGGCAUUGAGAAGAACACUCUUAUAGAAGAGGUUAGAAUUCUAAUGACGUGCAUCUCUGCCAAAAAAUUUCAGAUUCUGAUAUGAUAAACCCAGAUUUUAUACUCUUGAGAAGAUUUAUUUUUAUUUAUAAUGGGACAUAAAGUAAGAGAUGUCCAUGAAGCCACUUUUCCAACAGAUGCUGUGUAACAUUCAUUUUAUAUAGCACAUGGGGACACAAAAACAGUAAAUUUUCUAUUGGUACUUGCUCUGUGCAUUUUUAGCAACUUAUACCAGCAAAUAAAGUAUUCUCAGUAAAACACACAAACGGUUCUCAAGUAAUCACUUUGCUGUUUUUACUACCUACUUCAAGCCCUGCCAACCCAAGGUACAUAAACAGCAACUUUCCUAUUAAAAAUAGUAAUUCAAGGGUGGGGGAAAGGAAUCACUUUAGCAUACUAAAAGCAAUUUUAACUGUACCAUAAAAAAAAAAAGUCUACUUUCCAUGCCGUAAAUACCCUUUUGCGCUAUUUUUGUAAAUUAAUUUUGCCAGUUAGAAGUACUGUAUGUGCUGCAUAGAAAUUUGUGCUUAGAUGGUGAAGUUCUUAAGCUUACAAUGGAAUACAGCUACAUUUUCAGUGUUAACUGUGCAUAUUAAGAGUAAUUCUUUGGAAAAAAAAAUAUGAUUUUUCAAAAAAGUUAAAAACAUGAAAAAAAACCAAAAAACCCAAAACAUUCUCAGCUAAUUCAUUGUAAUAAGAGAUUUUUUUUCAAUGUCUUCACUAAUUUGGAAUCUCAUUAUGCUUCGAUUUUAUGACUCUGCCUAGUAGCUGCUACUUAGUUAAAACUGGCCUGAU